AUUUCAAAGAAAGGAAGGAAGGAAGGACAACUCCCAGCUUCCCCCCCCUCCCGCCCUCCCGCUCCGGCCGGGCCGGGCCAUGCCCAGGAAGGCGGCGGCGGCGUUGGCGGCGACGGCGGCCCAGCAGAAGGGACUUUCCUGGCAGCCCGGCGGCGAGGAGCGUGCUCCGUGAGUUUGCUGUGCCCGGUUCAUGGUUCCUGCAAGCCCUCCAGGAGGCCGAACGCUGCAGCCCCUCCCCGUGCCCCGAAGAGCCUCCUGCGUCCUCUGGCCCCCGGGCCCGCCCCGCGCCGCCGCCGCUCGGGCUCCGGCAGCCGCAGCAGCCCAGUGCCCUCCGCCCGGCGCGGUGGAUGGCAUGAUGGUGCGGGGAAGGCACCGCGGCCCUGGCCAGCUGAGUCGCGACGGCCGCGGGGGCGGCGGCAGUGGCAGCGGCGGCGGUAGCGGGCUCCCCAGCGGCAUGCCAGUGCCCCCCGGGCGCGAUGGCUAGCGGCAGCGCUGGGAAGCCCACUGGCGAGGCGGCUUCUCCGGCUCCUGCGAGCGCCGUCGGGGGGGCCUGCUCGCAGCCGCGGAAGAGGCUUGUGUCCGUCUGCGACCACUGCAAAGGCAAGAUGCAGCUGGUGGCCGACCUGCUGCUGCUGUCGAGCGAGGCGCGGCCCGUGCUCUUCGAGGGCCCCGCCUCCUCCUGCGCCGGGGCCGAGUCCUUCGAGCAGUGCCGGGACACGAUCAUCGCGCGCACCAAGGGGCUCUCCAUCCUCACCCACGACGUGCAGAGCCAGCUCAACAUGGGCCGCUUCGGGGAGGCCGGGGACAGCCUGGUGGAGCUGGGCGACCUGGUGGUGUCGCUGACGGAGUGCUCCGCCCACGCGGCCUACCUGGCGGCCGUGGCCACGCCGGGCGCGCAGCCCGCGCAGCCGGGCCUGGUGGACCGCUACCGCGUGACGCGCUGCCGCCACGAGGUGGAGCAGGGCUGCGCCGUGCUGCGCGCCACCCCGCUGGCCGACAUGACGCCGCAGCUGCUGCUGGAGGUGUCGCAGGGCCUGUCGCGCAACCUCAAGUUCCUGACGGACGCGUGCGCCCUGGCCAGCGACAAGUCCCGGGACCGCUUCUCCCGCGAGCAGUUCAAGCUGGGCGUCAAGUGCAUGAGCACGAGCGCGUCGGCGCUGCUGGCCUGCGUGCGCGAGGUGAAGGCGGCGCCCAGCGAGCUGGCCCGCAGCCGCUGCGCGCUCUUCAGCGGGCCGCUGGUGCAGGCCGUGAGCGCCCUGGUGGGCUUCGCCACCGAGCCGCAGUUCCUGGGUCGCGCGGCGGCCGUGAGCGCCGAGGGCAAGGCGGUGCAGACCGCCAUCCUGGGCGGCGCCAUGAGCGUGGUGUCGGCCUGCGUGCUCCUGACCCAGUGCCUCAGGGAUCUGGCGCAGCACCCCGACGGGGGCGCCAAGAUGUCGGACCACAGGGAGAGGCUGAGGAACUCGGCCUGCGCCGUGUCUGAAGGCUGCACCCUGCUAUCUCAGGCUUUACGGGAGAGGUCUUCGCCCAGGACUUUACCGCCAGUGAAUUCCAAUUCUGUGAAUUAGCACCCGCCCCCUUCUUUCUUCCACCCCAGACUAGAGGAAGAUACUUACUGUCUGCCCCUCUCCAUGUAUACCAAAGAAAUCCCAGGGGAAGCCCCCUCCAUGUCGGAUGCUCCAGAGGAACCUUCCAGAGAGUGGGGCCAUGCGCUCCGACGACACUCGUGGGCGCGGGGGGACCCACUGCCCACCUACGCACACCCAGCAGGGACCCGGAGGUGGCACCCAGCCCCGGCCCCUCUUCUGGAGUUCCUCCACUAAAUUUUCUUACCAAUUGGGCAGGAAGGAGGUCAUGGGUUUGUUUCUUUUUGGGUCCUUUUUUUUUUUUCUUUCUGUUUUCUGUUUUUUCCUAAUUAAAAGAAAGGUUACCUCAGUUUUCACUCCUUAGACAUGGAUGUAGCUACCUUUUUUUUUUUUUUUUUUUAAGCAAUCGUGUUGGAUUAGGCGUAUACUUACUUGGUGUGGAAAGAGUAUGACUUUGCCAUGUGAUUUGCAAAUGGGGGGAAAAGCUACUGUGAGUGUGUGUUUUAUUUUUUAAUUUACACUAUAGAGUGAUUCCCCCCUGCCCUUGCCCACCCCCCACCCCCAUGUCAAGUUUUUACCUUGCAUGUACUGGAGUAUUUAUUUCAUUUAUUAAAAUGUUAUGUUUCUCAGA